AUGCCCGAUCAGCAACCGUGGUUUUCUGGUCUUGGCAUAUUUACAAGAUCUUCGACAAGUGCACAGGUUCGAUGGUACUUUCCAAUGCCCAACUUCAUGUUGUACUCAGUCGCUAGAUCUGGCACGACAACCAACGUUACCAAAACGCCUCCUGGCAUGCUUUUGGCUUUCGGCUCCUCGGAAUCAUUUACACCGUCAAGAAUCAGUACGGAGUACGAGCAGCGUCAAAUCCAAGAGAGAAACGUGCGCAUAUUAGCCUCCAAUCCGGAUCAGGGUGUGUCCUUGAAAGAUUUACCCCAUCUGAUUCUGCCACCUGUUUGGCUCUUUUACGAGCAACAUGGUUUAGCAUCUCGCUUAAGAAUUGGUGCUUCAGCUUGA